AUGUUGGUACGCGGAACUAGAAGAUCAGCCUUGAAACUGGCGAGACUACCGGCCGUCAGAGCCCGUGCCUGCGUGCGCCUGAACAGCACUCAGGCCGCGGCGUCCGUAGACCCCAAGAUCGAGAAAAUCGUCCAGGACAUCUCCAAGCUGACUUUGCUGGAAACCUCCGCCCUCAUCAGCGAGCUCAAGACCCAGCUCAACAUCCCAGACAUUGCCAUGCCCGUGGCAGGGGCCGCGCCCGCUGGCGCAGCCGCGCCGGCCGCGGAGGAAGCCAAGGAGGAGGAGGUCAAGGAAGAGAAGACCAUUUUCGCCAUAAAACUGGAGUCUUUCGACGCCAAGUCCAAACCAAAGGUCAUCAAGGAGGUCAAGAACCUUCUCGGCCUGUCGUUGGUUGAGGCCAAGAAGUUCGUCGAAGCCGCUCCCAAGAUCCUCAAGGACAACGUUGCCAAGGAGGAUGCUGACAAAAUCAAGGCUUCGCUGGAGGCCUUGGGCGCCAAGGUUGCGCUGGAGUAA